GGGAAGAUGGCGCCGGGCGAGGCGCCGCCGGCGGGGCCCGGGGCGGGGGGCGGCGGUGCGAGGAAGCAGCGGGCGUCGGCCCUCAGGGCGGCCUUCUCCGCCUUCGUCAAGGCGAGGGAGGUGCCGGCGGGCGCCGCGGGCGCCGUGUGGUGGCGGUGCUGCCGGCAGACGUUCCGCGAGCGCGGCGGCAUCCACAGGCAUGUGGGCACCCAGCACGGCGCCGAGCUGCGCCCGCCGCCCCGCGGACACGGGCAGGGGCAGGGGCAGGGGCAGGGCGAGGCGCACCGAGGGGCGGCGGGGCCCGAGCGCGGCGCGGAGGUGUGCGACGAGCUGCCCGACACCCGGCACCUCGGCCCCGGGGAGCUGGAGAGCAAGGCGGGAGAAGUACUUCUGUAUUACUGCUACUGCGAGGUGAGGGAUCCAGAGAAACUCUGUGCUUGGCAAAAGGCGCUGUGCGAGCAUCUGCAUCUCACUGGCAAGGUACGAGUUGCUUCAGAAGGAAUCAAUGGAACAGUUGGUGGGAGCAAAGCAGCUACCAGUCUCUACAUUGAAGUCAUGCUUUCCCAGCCUCUGUUCAAAGACAUUUUGUGUCAAGAUGAUUUCAAGAGAAGUGCAGGAGGAGCUCACUGUUUCCCAGACCUUCGAGUUGGAGUAUUUAAAGAAAUUGUACCUAUGGGCAUUGAUCCAAAAAAAGUCUCUUAUAAAGAAACUGGAAUCCAUUUAUCCCCUCAGGAAUUUCAUAGAGAAGUAGAACAGUAUCUGUCUCAGGCCAGUCAAGGACAAAGCGAUACCAUCUUGCUGGACUGCAGGAACUUUUAUGAAAGUAAAAUAGGACACUUCCAGGGCUGUCUGGCUCCAGACAUCAGGAAGUUCAGCUAUUUUCCCAGCUAUGUCGAUGAAAACCUGGAGCUUUUUAAAAACAAGCGCGUCCUGAUGUACUGCACGGGAGGCAUUCGCUGUGAAAGAGGCUCUGCUUACCUACGGAGCAAGGCAGUGUGCAAAGAGGUGUACCAGCUAAAAGGUGGAAUUCACAAGUACCUGGAAGAGUUUCCGGAUGGAUUCUACAGGGGGAAGCUGUUUGUAUUUGAUGAUCGUUUCUCCAUUUCUUCCAAUGAAGAUGUCAUCUCAGCAUGCAGGUACUGUGGGACGCUGUGGGACCAGUAUAAACUUUGUUCCAGCCAGCACUGCCGGCAGCUCGUCCUGACGUGUCCGAGUUGUCGAAAGAAAGGUCUUACAGCUUGCUGUCCUGUGUGUCAGGAAAAGGAGCUCGAGGUGACUUCAGGGGCUUCAGGACAGACACUUAAGGAGGAGUGUGAAUGUACAAAGAGAAGGCCAAGGGUACCUGUUGAACAUAUCUCGCGAGGAACGCUGGAUGCCGGAAAAGUUCAAGCUGUUUCAUUAGUUAAUCUGACAUUGUGCUAAUGCAAAGGGCUUCUAAAACCAGAUCGCUGUCUGCUACUCAGCUAGGUUUGGAAAUCACAAAAAUCUGUUGGCUUUGAAAGUCUUGUUUAUAACCCGCCUUUAAGUCCUGAAAAACUAUGCGUUACUUGAGUGUAAAUUACUGGAGUGCCCAACCUAUCACCGGUGCUACAGGAUUCCUCUUUCUGGGUACAGUCUUGUAGCAGGGCCUCUACCACGGGGAUUUUGCAGCAGAGAAUGUGAUGGGACACAGCUGCUCACAAUUCUAAAGAAACUGAAACCAAAAAAAAAAAACCACAAAAAUCCAUUCUGUUCUUCCUGCCUGGAGGUGGAUCUGUCUGGCUGCUCCAUUAAUCAUGCAUUUGCUGCAAUAGCUAGUGCUGGCGUGAUGAAGACUGCAGAUUUAUCAAUUUCUGGCUACGUGACCAGUUUAGAGCUGAAGGUAUUCCCAUGUACAUGCCAUGCGCGUGUAUCUCUCACUUUACACCAGUGAGAAGCAAGGGCUAGUUGCCUAAGUCACAGACUUGACUCCAGUGUAAAACUGGAGGAAGGGAUAAGGCCCUGUCACAACUGGAGCAAAGACUGAGGACGUGCAUUGCUCACAGGUGCUGUCUGCUCAGCUGUACUCGUUCUGUAUGACCUGUGGCUUGAACAGCAGAAGUAACUCUCGUUUUGACACUUCGAUCCACCUGGGAACUGCUUCCCUCAGCUUGUCAGUACGUGAAAUAUCCAGCUCUGCUCGCACCAGAGAAAAGACAACAGCUUGAAGCAUGUUGGAACUGAGACACGCAGAGAGGGGAGCAUGGAGACUGUCAAAAUACCAGCUAUGGCACUGGUAGCGAUGCCGAAGUGUGCAAAUGUCAGCAACAGCCAUAAGGGGAUGGCCAGAUCCCUUAUCCAUGUUAAAUUACCCAAGAUCUGGGGAGAACUUGUGCUUUGUAAACAGGGGUUGAAUUUUUCAAAAGCUGGGAGAUGCUUAUGCAAUUUUCAGCUCCUAUUAGUGGAGAAAGUGUCUUGGACUUUGAAGGGAUCCCACAGCACAGGAGCUCAGAGUACUUCUCUGCCUGGUGCUUAGUGUGCCUGAUGCUGCAGAAUGUACAGGAACGUUUUAUUAGUAACGCAGAUGAUGUGUCACGACUGAAAAACGUCUUUGAAGCUUACACUCGUUCUUGGUACUAAGUCAUUCGGAAAUCAAAAUCAGUUACUGGUGGUUUUAGUUUUUGCUUUGUGUUUUAAGCCAUCAACUUCUUUUAAAAGCAAGAAAAAAGCAUGUUUACUCAGGUUUCUGUAGUUGCUUAGUGACAGUUAGGGCAAUGUUACUUUCAUACAGACUGUAACCCUCUCCCAGCUGUGAAUUCAGCAUGGCCACGUUGAUGUCUUGACUGGCAGCUUAAAGACAGGGGCACUGGCUCUAUUGCAAACAGAGCACAGCAAAGUACUUCAGCACUGCUGCCCUGAAUUCAGUGGUGACAGUCCUUGUGACAGCUCAUUUCGUGAAGCAGGACUUCGAAACUUAAGUGUCUACUUGGGGAAUCAUUCCAGAAUGGAAAAAAAUAGUGAUUCUGUAUGCUGCAAUCCACACUAGAGAGGAAAUUGGAAAAUUCCUAUCAGUAGAAAUCAUAAGCAGAAGUCGAAGCAGGACCUGUAGUCCCCUGGCAUCUCGCCUCCCAAGUUUUGCUGGCCAGUCUGUGCUUGUUUUGAGGCGUGGAAUAUUUGUGGGAAAAUACUCAAGCUCUAUUUGCAGGCUUGGUCUAGAGCUCUGAUGGCAGUCCUCAAACCUGUAUACUAUUCUCUUUCUGUCAGGUAUUAAGUGAAAAAGGACCAGAUUUUAUAAUUUAGCCUGUCUGCAAAUCUGGAACACUGUAGUCCCUGUGGAAGGCUGUUUCUGUAUCAGUUCUCAGUACAGAAUGAGGCAGGGCAGACUGUAUUUUAUAUAAAAGCUUCUGAAACUGCUGUGAUGGUAAACAGCCCUUAGCGCUUCCCUCAUAGUUUUUACAGUACUGCACAAACACGCUUCAUUUGUAUGUUGGUGGUGCUUAAUUCUGCAGCAGUAAAUGCUGAAAACCAGCUAGCCGUCUGCCACCUGGGAGACGUGGCUGCAAGGUACAGUCCUGAGAGCUCCUGGCAGCGGGAGAUCCUACCUCAGAGGCAGAGGAGGGCCACAGGACCUCUUCUUGUCCUUGUGCACUAAGGCAGGAGAGGGGAGGGGGUUGAGAAGUACAGAUGGAGGGAGGCCCAGAGAGGUCCCCUCUGCCGCAGGGAGGUGAGGGGGAGGGUAAGGUGCAUCCUUCAUCUCUUGCAAGUUAUCCCAUGAGCAGCUUCUGGAUUUUGUGCAAUUCCUACCAGUAAGGACUUGCCAUGGGAACUGUGAGGUGCUGCAUCUGGGGAUCCAGGCACCGCAGUGAGAGACGUAAGAGAAGGUGAGAGUUACGCGGGACUGGCUGUGCCUGCCAGGUGCUGCAAUCACCCCACGGCUUUUUCCCCUUUUUCUGGAGAGCUGCUGGGACAAAACAGGGCUCCGUUUGCCCCUAAACAUCACCAUUUUGUAGCUCUGUUGCUGCACAACUUGAUGCCUUUCUCCACAAAGCCUGGCACUGAGCAAAGCAGCUCCGUGAGUUAAGGAUCAGCUGAGGAACCUGGAGCGAUCCCAUCAGCUUAAUGCAUGUGUGAACUAUGUGGUUAAAGUGGAUGCUGCUACAGCAAAACAGAGGAAAAAGUGUUAUUUUUUUAAAGGGCUUUUGUUGUUGUUCGAGACAAAAUGCUGCCAUCACGGCAGUGUUGCUGCCAGGCAGGUGUCUCCUUGCAUGUUCAGGUUUCCGAGCACCAUCAGGGUUUCCCAGAGCAGAACACAAGGUGCAUUUGUUCUUCUCGAGUCAGUGGGACUGCUGAGCCCAAACCACGCAGAUUUAGGUGGAUGGCUCAGCGGGAACUGUGUGGCUCUGGUCUGAUGAAUUAGUUGAAGUAUUUGCAGUAUAUAUGGUAGGAGGCUGUCUGCCUUUUUUUUUUAUUAUUUUUUAAUAUGUCUUCAAGCAUGUUUUUUCUGUAUUCUUUUAAUUUUAUGAAAUGGAACUUGCAGGGCUGGGGGGGGCAGGAAGAAGAAGCUAUAGUGAAGCGUUUCAUUCGGCAUCAUUGGCAUAUUUAUUAAGAUUUGAAGAGCAACAAGUAUGUUUCCCACAUCGCUGACAGUAUAGUGUUUCUCUGCUUUAUUUUUCAGAGCCAAAUUGUGUUUGUGCACAAGCUUUGUAGAAAUCUGGGGGCUUUCCUGGAGUGCGUGCAAGAGGCUGCAGAACUUUACUCUUAACAGAUGUAUACAGACAAAUCCUAGUAAUUUGCUAGGCCAUGUUUUCAUCAGACCAAGAAUAAGGCUUUAGUACAGCAACAGUUCUGCCAGGCAAGUCUUCAUACUGACCAGGAUCCCAGCCAUGAUAACAGCAGGCAUUUCGGAUGGGACAGUCCUGGGUUCGAUCCACAGCACGCCUGGGAGCUGCGUGUUCCUGGGGGAAUUGCUCCCGGGCUAGAGGAUGGGUGGUGGGCUGACAAAAAGCUGCCAGGCUGCGUGCAGGAGAAAUUCACAGUCGGGAUGUUUCUGUUAGCAGCUUUCCUAGGGCGCAGUGUUCAGUGUUGCAUUUAUGCAGAUGUUAGGGGGGGAAGUAAGCAAAACAGUCCCCAACAUAACAAAAUUUAAUUAAUGGCCAGGAUCAUCUCAACAAAGCAGUGGAGAGAGGAUUUGACUCGUUUCUGGUGAAAAUCUGGACACGCACUUUUAUCAUCAUGUAACUGACAGGGGUGAGGACUAGAAGAGAGGACUGUCAUUUACUGAUUAGCUUGGCUAUUUCUGGGGAGUUGGUGUUUGCAUCAGGUCUCUAAGGGUGAUGUUUUUAUUCAGACAUGCACAGGAUAGAACAAUAUUAACCCAUCCUCCAACGUCAGUUUUUGAGAGUUUUAUUUUAUAAUUGGUGGCCUUAAUUUAAAUUUAACUGGGGGGAUAAGGGUAGGGAAUCAAUCUUUUUUAAGAAAUGCAGGGAUGCAUUUGAAACAGCAUCUCCAGCUAAUUGACUCAGCAAAUGCCAGUAAAAAAUUACAAUUCACAAUUCCUGAAAUCAGCCAUAUUUCUGGAUAGCAGAAGUGCUUGUUAAACUAGUUGCUCCUCUAUAGAUAUUUGAGAUCAAUUUCGAAAAAAAUAAAGUAUUUUUUUGAUACUUCUGUAA